GCAAACACGAAGUUUAGAAAAACGCUUGCUUUGAAACAGGACAGGCAGAGAUUCCGCGAUGGCUCACAGAACAGAGUACUUUAAAGCGCUUUCCUUCCUCAGAUGCUGGAUCUCGCUCUUGGGCUUCACAGCGGUGUCGGUGUGUGAGGCCGUGCAGGUCUCCGUCCGUGACGAGCGGCGCUUUGCUAUGCUCUUCCAGUCGGUGGUUCUGCCGUGUCAUUACACCAGUGUCUCCUCUCAGACUCCAGUCAUCCAGUGGUGGUACAAGUCUUACUGCCGCGAUCGAAGCCGUGAUGCCUUCCGCUUCCCCGACACGCUGGCGGUCCACGGGUCCGAGCUCGGCUCCUCCGCUCACCUGGACUGCGGGGACAGCGGCCGGACAGUGCGCAUCGUGGCGUCUGGACAGGGCUCGUCCAUCACACUCGCUGAGCACUACAAGGGACGGGACAUUUCCAUCAUCAACAAGGCAGACCUGCGCAUCGGUGAGCUGCAGUGGGGUGACAGUGGUGUUUACUACUGUAAAGUGGUGAUCUCUGAUGAUCUGGAGGGACAGAAUGAAGCGCAUGUGGAGCUGCUGGUGUUGGGUCAGACUGGUUUGGCCGAUGAUCUUCUGCCUGGGUUUAAUGUGGAGAUUGUUCCAGAGUGGGUGUUUGUGAGCGCUGUGGUCGUGGGCAGUCUCCUGGUCAUUCUGCUGGUGGGUGUUUGCUGGUGUCAGUGCUGUCCUCAUUCUUGCUGCUGUUACGUGAGGUGCUGCUGCUGCCCAGACACCUGCUGCUGCCCUCGGCACCUGUAUGAAGCAGGAAAAGGGAUCAAGUCAACUCCGCCCACACCUGUGCCCAUGCUCCCUCCAUACUACAUACCUGGGAUGCACACCAUGGUGCCCAUCGCUCCGCCCUCGCUCAUUGACCGCCCUCCGAACCUGUCCACUGCACCAUCACUGGAGAACAGCGGCUCAGUGCGGAGUGGUUUCCAUCUGCAGCCUGCGUCAGUUCAGAGCUCUCUGAAGGUGCUGCAGUUCGUGGAGAAGCAGCUCGCUCAGUUUAACCCAUCACAGACACUUAGCAGCAGUCCAAACUCCUGCAGUAUGUCCGAGCUGAGUUCGUUACAUGAUGUAGAAACCGACUUCCGCCAACCCUAUCGACAAGUCCAGAAGAAGGCUCUACCAGCCAUUCCUGAUCUUGAUGACCCCGCUGACCUCCGGGCCACAGAUUUAUCUCCCGUUCACGAGGGACGAUACACACGACAGCCACAGCACAGAAAUCGUGUGGCGGAUGAAGGCCCCAGGUGGAACCCUCGCUCGGAGCUCCUGCAGAGGAAGGCUUUCCUGGAACGAGGACGGACUGGAUCUGUGGAUGAGCUGGAGGAGUUUGCGAUGGCGUAUAUACAGCAAGGACAUCACUGUGACAUCGGAAACAGGGAGGACGACUACAGAGAACGAGAGCGAGAACGAGAGCGAGAACGGGAUCGUUACCCGUUUUAUUGUUCCAAGUCCAGUCCAGCGAGACGUCCCCCCAGCCCUCCGCCCUUACCUGGAAAAAAGCGGGACACUUGGGACAACGGUCAAGCCCAGCGGGAUCCACGAGAGCGGGAUCAGAGUGGAAGAGAUCGCCGGCCAGACUAUGACCAUGCCCUUCUCAACAGUUUAUUGGAACGUAAAGCUAAAGCUGUGAAGAGCAGCGCUUCAAAAGCAGGGCCGACCGAAGACGACUCGGACAUGCCUUCCAAAGACAGUAGUGAGCGUUUCCACAGCAGGACUCCCAGCAACCAGUCCCCUCGGCAGCGGACAGCAGAGGACAAUGAAUCUCUGCCGCCGUACACAGAGAAGGAGCUGGAACGUUCCCGCGGAGCCGAGUCUGGACAACAGCCAUUCAGAUACACACGCUCCGGUCCCAGGCCGGAGGAGCAGAACCGCCCUCAGAAAGUGAGCACUCUUCUGAGCAGAGACUCUCUUGUAGUUUGAUGCGUCAGACUCUCAGCGAGGACGUCUCCACGCCGGCUCGCACCCGUGCUGCAGAACUCUAGCGCUGCGGAAGGCAGGUUUGUUCGCUAUUGAAAUGUGAUUUACAGCCAUGCUGCUAUAAUGGCUCACAGAUUUGACUUUGAGCCUGGAGAAAAAAAAUUGUUUUAAUCUUUUUUUUAAAGAAGUCUCUGCAAUUUAAAAUAACAGUUUUCUAUUUUAAU